AUGAGUCGUCUUGCCGACCCUCCUUCGACUAGGAUUUCAUUUGCCGGGCUACCAGACGCCCCCGGUAGGACGCGAAACAUUCCUGUACUUUCGUCGUCUGGUCAGCAUUCGAUGGAUAUCACCCCUCCGCCCACGGGCGCGCAAGGCGAAGACCGAAUGGUCGGGAUCACCAAUGGCGAAGCUGGAAGCAAUGCUUUGAAUGCUCCAAAUCCCGCUAUUGGCGCUGCGGCCGCAGCCCAGCAGCCAAAAGUCGUCCAGACUGCUUUCAUUCACAAACUUUACAAUAUGCUAGAAGACCCCAGCAUCCAGCAUCUCAUCUCGUGGUCCGGUACAAACGAUAGCUUCGUCAUGUCGCCAACGUCGGAAUUCUCCAAAGUCCUAGCAUCGUACUUCAAACAUACCAAUAUCUCCUCCUUCGUUCGGCAGCUGAAUAUGUAUGGAUUUCACAAAGUGAGCGACGUCUUUCACACCGGAUCCCCAGACUCUGCGCUCUGGGAAUUUAAACAUGGCAAUGGGAACUUCAAAAGAGGCGAUUUAGCUGGUCUACGAGAGAUCAAGCGCCGUGCUUCGAGACAUGCUUUGAUCCACCGCGAUUCAUUCCCUGGCCACAAGGCUCCUGCUUCGCAGCCUGGAACACCUGCUGAACCCGCACCUGACGCGACCGAUGCUAGAUUCCUGAACAUUGAGAGCAGCCUCUACGAGAUGCAUGGUCGUCUGGUUCGGGCGGAAGAGGGCAAUAUCGUACUGAACUCGAGAUGCCAUGCUAUGACUGAAAGCCUGACAAAGUGCUACCAAUGGACGCAUUCUAUUUCACGGUUUCUUCAAGCUGUUGUGCCCGAUAGGGAAAGCCCUCUGCAUCGCGAUGUCUCGAGCAUGCAAAGGGAAGUUGAGAAGCAUAUUGAAAUUAUGCGCGCCAUCGAAACCCCUCACGAGACUCUCAUGCCUCCACGGCAACAGUACUUAGCCAGCAUGGCUGAAGCUGGCCCACCUUUGUCCCCGCGCCAAAUGCCCCAAGACGAUGCCCGUCGGCAGUCCAUGAUGGACCAUACCCCUCGACCAACCAACAUGAUUCGGCCGCCCGUUCCCCCCCCAUCUCUCAGUAUCCCCUCGCCGCUACGGCUCGAUUGGCGGCGCCAAUUCUGCCUCGACAUACGCUCGCCCCCAGCCUCCCGUUGCGCCGCCCCCACAGCAACCGACAUCCGACAGCACGGCUGGUCCCCAUCGGCUGGCUCCCCCUACCCCCCUGGCAAUCCUCCAAACGGCCCUUGGCCUUCAUCACCAGGGCACCAAACCCCAGUCUCCAGUGACCAGCAGGUUCGUGAUGUCCUCGCCCAAUACGAAAUGGGUGCCCCCCGUCGCCUUCAAGAACAAUCCCGCCAUGCCACUCCACCGACCGCCGAACCCUCACCGUCCAUGCUCGGUGUCGACAACGGCUGGACACUUGGCGGCUCAAGGUUCCCUCACGGCUCUUCAUUACCCGCAACCCGUCGCUCGAGCAUGGCAAGCAACGUGCAUUCAUUGCUCAAUCCUGCCGAUACUGCCGAAAGGCCCGACGAGGACCAGCAGGCGAUGGCAGAAGACCGUAAGCGGAAACGAUUGGAAUAA